CAACGCAGUUUGGUUGGAAGACACCAAAGUGAUAGACUUCAAAAUAAAAAAAAAAAGAAAACAGCGGCUGCAGCAGCAGGCUGAGAAGACCUGCCGAGGUUAUUAUAUCCAGUUGGUUAUGUUAAGAAGGUUCUGCUAAGCGAAGCCUCACCACCAAACUUGGAAAGACGAGACGUUUUGUACGCAGAUCAGGUCUAAUAUUAGACCACUGAUGGGAGAAAGGAGUAACUCUUCAACAUGGCUCCUAUUAUCAGGGCUCUCCUCCAGUGAGGCCUUUUGAUUGACUGCUCAUCCACCUCCGUUCUGAUAAUAAUUCAUGACCUCACACCCCCGGGUCCAGAUGUUUCCAUGCAAUGGGAGAGUGGAGGGCAACUGCUGCAUCUAUGGAAGACCCUGAGAUCUCGAGCAUAUCGCAUGUGACCAUGUCUCCCUCAAGACAUAAUCAUGUGUCUGUGUACUCUUUGCCCUUGUCUAAAAGCUCCUGCAGUGUAAUAAGUGCCUUUUGCACUGAAGAUAAUGUUCCUCGGUGCAUUACAUAUCUCAAUCAGGAGCUUUCCUCGCUCGGCCUCUCUAUGUGUGUUGAGGCCGGCUCACCAGAGGGAGCUAGCCUGAAUGCGGUGCCAGCUAUAAAUGCCAUGUAUGAACUGCUCCAAAUUCAUAGACAAAAUAUGUGCACGUUAGAGGAGAUGGAGGAAGAACAGUUGAAGAAGCUGAGCACCUUGGAACAUAUGCAGACCAGCAAUUCCAGACUAAAGGACCAGUUGGAACUGUUAAUGAGGGAGAAGUCAGGUCUGCAUGAGACGGAGAGACAGCUUCAGCUCAAAAUAAAGACUCUACAGAGCUGCCUAAAGACUGAAAAGGAGGAGAUCCAGAAGCUCCAAAGCAUCAUUGCUAGUCGAGCCUCUCAAUAUAGUCAUGAUGCCAAGAGAAAAGAGAGGGAAGCUUCAAAGCUGAAGGAACGCCUCAGUCAGCUACUGGUUGACAGAAAAGAAAAGAAACUUGCUAUUGAUGUUCUGAAUUGCUUGGGACGAUCAGAUGGAAAAAGGAGUCUGUGGAGAACAGCAAAAUUGACCGCCAGCCAUGAGAGUGAGAUGUAUAAAACUUUGAUCGGUGACUACGAGGCAAGUCGGAAGGCUUUGCUUCUGGAGAACGCCGAGCUUAAAAAAGUCCUCCAGCAGAUGAAGAAGGAGAUGAUGCACAUUCUGACGCCACGGCAGAAAUCUACCAGUGGGGCCUUUGCUGAUGACAGCCAGCAGCAGGUUGAUUCGGAUGAAGCGAAAGCAGGAGACACAAGCAGGGAAGCUUUGGACCAGUCUUGUGAACUUGCCAGGGAGCAGCUCCUCAACAGCAUCCGCCAGCAGUGGAGGAAACUAAGGAACCAUGUGGAAAAAUUAGACCAAGCCUCUCAGGUGCACAAUCAGAUGGAGUCCAACAAGGAGACAAUACCUUUGGAAACUCAUGAGGAUGAGAUGGAGAGGAUGAGGCAGGAAGUCCGGCAGUGCAGAGAGUUCAUUCAUGCACAACAGCAACUUCUCCGGCAACAACUAAACACAUCAUUUGAUGAUGAGACAGCAGCUCUCCUUAACGACUGCUACACACUGGAGGAGAAGGAGCGCCUCAAAGAGGAAUGGAAGCUCUUUGAGGAGCAGAAGAGAAACUUCGAGAAGGAAAGAAAUAACUUCACUGAGGCUGCUAUUCGAUUAGGGCGAGAAAAAAUGGCAUUUGAGGAAGACCGAGCAGCCUGGCUCAAGAAUCAGUUUUUGAACAUUACGCCCUUUACAGAUCGCAGGAGAUGUUCCUCAUCAGAUGGUCAAAGUGCCUUAUCAAUCAGAAGCGAACCAGAGAUCAGGAUGUCUUCUGCGAAAGCCAAGCGAUCAAAGUCACCAACCUACACUACAUUCUCGACUCCUAAACCUUCACGAAGUUCUACUGUGCCAUCCACAACUGAACUUUACCGGACACUUCGUAUCCUAUCAGACAGCAGUGUCUCCAAACAUUCAAAUCAAGCAUGCUGGCGAGAGUCGAGCACAAUAGAAAAUAGAUGCCCUCGGAUAAAGCCCAAUAUCCAAGCUCACACUGGUGAAAUAAGUAUUUUCACAUUUGGUGAAGAUCACAGUGUCACUUAAAAAAAUCACUGGUGCCAUUUAUUUUAAAUAAAUAUUUUAAAGUUUU